UAUUCAACCUUCACCUUUUUCUUAUUUAAAAUUUAAUCCAUUUCAACAAAUACCUCAAGAUGCUUAUUAUACUGUUUCUGGAAAAAUCGUCUGUCUGAUAGAAAUAACAAUUGAUUUAUUAUCUGAAA